GGAAUAUCACCCAAUUUUAAAUUUCUAACAUUUCCUCAUAUUGAUUAAGAAAACACAAUUCAAAUCACAACAUUAUAAUUACAUUUUUAAGGGGAAACGCUCUCGAGGAAUUAGAUUCCGUCCGAUUUUAAAUUUAAGGAGAUAAAAUAGAAUAUGAUUUGAAUUGGCAUUAAAUAAACUAAAAUAAAACAAAAUCCAUACCUAAUAUAUGUUAUUUACAAACUUUCAUAUGAAUAAUGCAUAUACAUAUACAUUCCAUUUUCCUAUUGUUGUCAUAGGAGCAAGGUUCCGUCAUGUUCCACAUUAAGUGUGUUACACAGUGGUCGGGAUCUGAUUCGGGCAUACUGCAGAUCUAGUGGCUUAAUAGCUUUUGUUCAGGCCCUGUAUAUAUACUAUUUAAAAAUCUGUUAAAUAUUUGUAAAGCUUUGACGGUGAACUAUUAAGUAGCAUAUUAACUUGAGUUUGUUGUAGGAACUCAUAAAUUAAAAUCCGGAAUCUGCCUCUGAUUCAUUCUGGGAGACAAAAUGUCCGAGGGAGCUGUCCCAAAACUCGGCACCACAAUCCACAUCACAGCCCUUGACGGGAUCAUCAACGUCAACUCCCUUUUCACAUUUGCAGUGUUCAUCGGACUAGCUUGGAACCCGCACGAUCAAGGCAACAGUCUCUCCGAUAACCAGAGCUGUAUCGCGGGGCCCAAGGUCGCCGAGGACCUUGUAGCGUUCCACGUGUACUCAUUCAGUUGUUUCCUGUUUUCUAGCCUCAUUGCUUUGUGCCUUAAGCAGGCUAUUCGACUUGCGAAGUCAGCACAUUUCCCUACCGUCUUCUCGGUCGACUUGGCCCUCAUCAACAGAAACGCCCUUCGGGUCGGGUACUUGGUCUCUGCUGCGGGUUCUGUUUGCGGGUCGGUGUGUUUGAUGCUUGCUCUGAUCAAUAUGGUUCAAAUCAAGCUUGGGGUUUUUGGAUGUGGGAGCAAGCAUACUUAUGGAGCUGUUAUUCCACUUGUGAUUUUUGUUCCAUUAGGGCUCCUUAUUUAUGUUUGUACUGUUUUUUAUGCUUUCACUCGUUAAUUUGAUCACUUCUCUCGGCUUUUUCCUUUUUCUCCUUGUAUUAGUGAUAUAUUCAAUGUAUACUUAUUAGUAACACCUUAAUGCAUCAAAAAAAACAUUAACUUUAUUUUGUGUCGUCCUAUCCCCCGGCUCAGCAAACUUCGAUAGGAUGCAAAUAUCUAAAUUUGAUAUUUUUAGAUGCUUUUCAAA